AUGGGUUUUCACGUGGAAUUUCUGGAUUUUCACGCGUGAAAUCCAUCUUUGGCUCGUGGGAGCCGAUCAGAAAUUUUAGCAACUAAUUAUAAUACGCCACUAUUAAUUGGCAUCAAAAUUAUUUACACAAAAAUUAUUAUUUUUAUUGAUAAAAAAAAAAAUUUAAAAAAAAAAAUUUUAGAAAAUUUAUCAUCAAAGUGCUAA